CACUAGGACUCCAAGAUCUCACAGUUAAAUCCUCUUCGCUAAAUCCUCAGUUGAAAAUAUCUGAAUGGGAAAGAUAUCUUGUGUAACGUAGGCUUCCUAAUCAGGCAUUAAUGCUGCAGAUUCAAAAGCCAAGGGCAUUUUUUGAAACCCGCUGAACUAUCUUAAGUGUCUUAUCAAUUAUGCACAGCAAAAGCACGUGCACUAAAUCACAUCUGGAUUAUUGAACCAGAUGUGAAAUACUUCUUCAGACAAGCGUUUGUAGGUCAAUACAUUUAAAAAGGCAGUAGGGUCUUCUUUUUAAAUGUAAAAUAAAAAAUAAAAUUGAUUUAACACCCUCCCAAACAACAAACGACAGUAUUAAAAAAACGCAAAAGCGAGGAGCCGGGGAGGAGCUUUUCCACCACAACCCCGCCUACUACGUCACGAGACUGAGAUAGUGCGUCAUUAGUCCGCGUCGAACGGCGCCACUGCGGUCUUGGGCGUCAGCGGCGCGGAGGGAAGGGCUAGCCCGGCUUCCUGGUCCUUCGGCGGUGGCCGUUGCUCCUGGUUCGUGCGCUGGGUUGCGAGCUCAUGUCUUCAAGAAUGCCACCAGAAAACUUUAAAACAACCACCAUUACUGAUACAGAGGAAAAGGUGAAAUGUAACGUUGAUGAGGUAGAAAUUAAAGAAUUGCCACUGGAAAAGAUGGAGAAUAUUGAAACUAUGUCAAAAAGACAAAGAAAGAAGCUAAUAAAGCAGAAACAAUGGGAAGAACAAAGAGUCUUGCGCAAGCAAAAACGUAAAGAAAAACGCUUGAAGAGAAAAAUGGAGCGCCAGUCUCAGCUGGAAUCAAACAGUGAAGGGAGUGUCAGGAAACGUAUGCGUAGGGAUAUUGUUCCAAGUCCACUUCGGCUUAUAAUAGACUGCAGUUUUGACAAUUUAAUGGAAUUAAAGGAUGUCAAGAAACUUCACAAGCAAAUUCAGAGGUGUUACGCAGAAAAUCGUAAAGCACUUCAUCCUGUUCAGUUUUACUUGACUAGUCACGGAGGACAGCUGAAGGACAAUAUGAAUGAAACAGACAAGGGAUGGAUAAAUUGGAAGGAUAUUCAAAUUAAAUCAGCUCAUUAUAGUGAGUUCGUGAAAAAAGAAGAUCUUGUUUACCUCACCUCAGAUUCUCCAGAUGUCUUGAGUGAAUUAGAUGAAUCAAAAGCCUAUGUUAUUGGAGGCUUGGUUGAUCACAAUCAUCACAAGGGAAUUACAUACAAAAGAGCAAAAGAACAAGGUAUAAGGCCUGCACAGCUCCCCCUAGGAAACUUUGUGAAAAUGAACAGCAGGAAAGUUCUGGCAGUCAAUCAUGUAUUUGAAAUCAUCUUGGCCUAUCUGGAAAAGAAGAACUGGGAAGAAGCUUUUUUUUCUAUCUUGCCACAACGAAAAGGGGCCAAACUGCUGCAUGAGGCAACUGAGGUGACUGUUGCCUCCUCAUGCAAGCAGCAAGAGUCAGGAAUUACUCAAGAUGAAAUCUCCGAAAGGAGCUAAAUGUCAUUGAAACUGCUACUCAUGACAUAAGACAGAAAACUUUCCACUUUGGAUUUUUGAGAUAUGCUAUACCUCCUUUCUUGGUUUCAAGCACUAGAUUUUUGUUACCAAGUUUAAGCUGCAUAUUUACUCUUAAAAUAUUUAAUAGCAUUUAAAUAUGCAAAAAAAAAUGUUGAAAGAGCUUUAAGUUUCCAAGGAUGCCAAUAUUUAUUUUCCUUCUUAAUCUUUUAUUUAAUAUUUACUGGAAAGUAUUUUUUUUUUUUUAUUCUGAACCUCACAACAGAAUUCUAAUCAUAAUACAGUAAACAUUCACCUGGCUGAAAUAUGUAUUGAAACUCAUGUUAAGUAUGUUUUCUUGUUUAUCAUUUCCUUGGUUUCAUGUUUGUAAUAUUUGAGAUCUUAGUAAAGGCGAGCCAUGACAUGAUCCAACUGCAACUAGAAUUGUAGAUUAGGAAGAGUAAUUUUGCAUUUCAUUAAGACUUUUUGUUUUAAUCCAGUGAUGGUGAACCUUUUUCGCCUCGGGUGCCAAAAGCACACGGAUGUGCGCUAUCCAGCACGCAUGCAUGCCCACACCAAUAAUUUAAUCACCGUGCCCCCUAUGCAUGCAUGUGUGACAUUCCCUGCUACCCCGCGCAUGCACACAGGGCUUUUGUAAAGCCUGGGGAGGACGAAAACAGCCUCCCCGCCCCCGAGACCUUCCAGAGGCCUGAAAUGUCCAUUUCAUAACUUCCAGUGGGUCCAGUAGGUCCAUUUUUUCACCGUCCAGAGGCUUUCCUGAGGCCAGAGGCCCUCUGGAGACUGAAAAAGCCCUCCCAUAGCCUCUGUGGGGGCCCUAUACUUACCUGGUAUCACGUGGAGACUCCUGGGAAGAGCAGCUGUGGGCGGGCCAGCUGAAAAUCAGCUGGCCAGCACAUGCAUGUACACUGGAGCCAAGCUAGAGCAACGGCUUGCAUGCCCACUGAUACGGCUCCAUGUGCCACCUGUGGCACGCAUGCCAUAGGUUUGCCAUCACGGUUUUAAUCUAAAUCCUCUUAUUCCUGUGCUUGUAGAAACAGGAGAGAAAUUUAUUUUACAUUUCAGCUUUACUGAUGCAACCCAACUACAGUUUACAUCGUGGACCUAGUUAGUAAUUUCUGCAGUAAGAAUGAAAAUGAAGGUGCAUCGUCAGAAACAUAAACCUAUACAGCAGUUUUUCAUAAGACAUCUGACAUUGUCUAAAUGUAAGGAGUUACCAUUGUAUAUCUUUCUCCCCCAAGGUUCAGAUACAAACAAGCUAGGCUUUCACAACUUCUGUGCUGUGAAUGAAUACAAGAAUAGGCUCCGCCCCAGGUUCACUGAAAUAGUUUUUAAUAGUUACAUUGACAAUAUUGACAACAUUAAAAUUAUUGAAUGUCCAGAAAGGCAUGUUUCCUAUGUGCUAUAAUGUUACAUGGCAUGAUGAAAAAACAAGUCAUCUGCUUCAAAGUUAGUUUUCAGAAGUUCAAAAUCACUAUGAAAUUCAGUUAUCUUCCAAAAGCUUGAAGUGUUUUAGACAAAGUGAAGAACUUUCAUGUGGUUGAAGAAGUUAAGCAAAUAUCAAAAUUAGAUGCUAAUUAGAAUUAAGUUUUAUUCUGGCAGACUCAUUUCAAAAAGCUGACCAAAUUGUGUGAAUGGUAUAAUAUGCUUUUAAACUUUUGAUUCCUUUUUGCUCAUCUUAGUCAACUUUAUGUGAAAUUUAAAAUAAUAACAAAUGUACUUUCUUUACACACACACACACACACACACACUACCAGUAAAUAAAACAGUGUUCAAAGUUGUUAA